GUACUAGAGCCAUCCUGGUGAACAGUUCUUGGACGCUCCAGUAAUCCACUCACUCUCAAGGUCUCGAGCUGAAGAGCAGUCAAGAAAUUUCUAUGUUGAGCAAUGGUGGUGGCAACAAGGCUGCAGCUUGUCGGCGCGCUGUUGCUGCCGCUGCUCGCCGUCGUGUCGUCGUUUGAUCCGUUUCACCGGGAUGGGCAACAGAUGAACUCGAUGGGCGGCGGCGGCGUGGCGGGGGGCCCCUUCAUCCCCCACGAGUACGCCCGCUUCGCCGACGUGAAGCGCCAGUGCAAGUCCGUGCUCUCCGCCGCGGCGGAGCUCACGUUCGACGCCAACCGCGCCAACGGGCUCAUGCCGGAGCUGUCGUUCGUCAAGGGGGACUGGAAGCACGACGGCGGCGCGCCGCUGAUGCCGUUCGACGGCACCGACGUGGCCGAGGACGCCGCCGGCGUGGCGGGCCCGCUGUCGCUCGCGUCGUUCUCGCUCACGCACGUCGACGCGGCCCGCCGCGGGAGGACGGCGCUCAACGUGAGCGGUGUGCUUGGCGUCGCCAUCUCCCGCAACGGCACCGCCCCGGAGAUGGGGCCGUACGUGUCGCCGGAGUUCAAGGUGUGGCCCGGGAACACCGAGCUGAAGAUACUGCUGGAGGGCGUGUACACCGAGAACGACGACGGCGAGAGCGUGCUGUGCAUGGUCGGCGACGCCGUGCUGCCGAAGCGCGGCGGCGACGCCGCCAACCCGUGGGACUGGGCCAGACACUCCGACCGCGACAGGUUCCAGCCGCCGAUCACCAAGGACGGCAACAUCCUGCUCGUGCUCCGGUACCCCAAGACGCUGACGCUGAGGACGCGCGCCAUCCGCGGCGAGCUGACGAGCACCAACGGCAAGACCGACGCCGCCUACUUCGACGCCGUGCACCUGCUCUCGCAGCUCGGCGCCUACUCCAACUACAACUUCGGCUCCGACGAGCUCGUCGGCACGGCGUGCAAAACCUACCCCUACCGCGACGACCUGCUGGCCAGCGGCGGCAGCGGGCUCUACAAGGGCACCUCGUUCUGCGGCAUCCUCGACCGGUUCACGUCGGAGGACGUGCUCGCCGUCGUGCCGAACUGGAAGUGCAACACCACGGACGCGCUGUGCCGGCGGCUCGGGCCGUUCGAGACGGACAAGGCGGUGGAGGCCACCGACGGCGGGUUCGCCGGCGUCAGCAUCGUCAUGCAGGAGGUCCGGUGCGAGCCGAGGACCGACAACGGCGAGAUCUCGGCGAGGGUUUCGGCGGUGUUCCGCGCCGUGCCGCCGUGGGAGCACGCGUACACGGCGGCGAAGCGCAGCGGGCUCGGCGGCAUGACGCUGUCCGCCGAGGGCGUGUGGCGCGCCUCCACCGGCCAGCUCUGCAUGGUGGCCUGCCUUGGCGUCGGCGACAAGGCGUGCCACUCGCGCGUCUGCCUCUACGUGCAGACCACCUUCUCGGCGACCCGCCGCAGCAUCACGGUGGGCCAGAUCACCCGCAUCUCCGGCGCCGGUGGCGCCGCCCACUUCCCGCUGACGUUCCAGCGGACGGUGCACCCGGUGGAGCUGUGGAGCCGGUUCGGCGUCUCCGGCGGCGCGCCGCUGAGCUUGGCGUACAGCUACACCAAGACCAAGCAGGCCGGCGAGUUCCUGCGGCGAAGCGAGCCGUUCGACUUCGGCACCGUCGUCGCCAAGUCGCUGCUGAGCUACCCGAGGAAAUCCGGUGACGCCGCCGACGAGACGACGAGCCUGUCCAACCUCGCCGAGGAGCUCACUCUCCACGUCCCAGCCGUGCCGGAUCCAUUCCCGCGUGGGCGGUUCGAGCGGCCGUUCCUGCAGCUCGAGGUGCUCUCGCUUGGAUCUCUCAUCGGCCGGGCCACGCCGAGGUCGUUUCCGGGGACGCCAGAAAUAGGAGGAGGUAGCAAGCCGUCAUCCUCGUCGUCGCCGUCCUCGUCGACGAAGCUGGAUGCGACGGCUCUUCUCAACGUCUCGGCGGAGCUGACGCUCUCCGGCGAGGAGUACGUGAACGUGUCGACGCUGUCCUUGGAAGGCGUGUACAACCCGGUGGACGGCCGGAUGUACCUCGUCGGCUGCCGGAGAAUACAGGCGCCGUGGCGAGCCUUCUCGUCGAUGGGCGAGGUUGAGGAAGGCAUGGACUGCUCGAUCGAGGUGAGGGUGGAGUACCCGCCGACGACGGCGCGGUGGCUGAUCAACCCGACGGCGAAGGUGCACAUCGCGAGCACGCGCGGAGUCGGCGGCGGUGGCGACCCGCUGCGGUUCAAUGCGACAGCGCUCCAGACGCUGCCGAUCCUGUACCGGGAGCAGCGGCAGGACAUCCUGUCGCGGCGGAGCGUGGAGGGGAUCCUCCGCAUCGUGACGCUGUCGGCGGCCAUCGCCGCCGAGUUCAGCCAGCUGAUGUACAUCAAGUCCCACACCGACGUGAUGCCGUACGUGUCGCUGGUGAUGCUGGGCGUGCAGGCGCUGGGCUACAGCGUGCCGCUCAUCACCGGCGCGGAGGCGCUGUUCGCGCGGAUCGCGGCGUCGGGCGCCGACGGCGGCGCGGCGGCGCCGCCGUCGUACGAGGUGGACAAGAGCCAGCUGUACUGGACCAUCGACUGCAUCGUCAAGAUCCUCAUCCUCGCCGCCUUCCUCCUCACGCUCCGGCUGGUGCAGAAGGUGUGGCGCUCCCGCAUCCGGCUGCUGACGCGGUCGCCGCUGGAGCCGGGGCGGGUCCCCAGCGACCGGAGGGUGCUCGCCUACACCACCAGCGCCCACCUCGUCGGCUUCAUGGUGAUCCUGGCGGCGCACUACGUGAGCAUGCUGGGGCGGCCGGUGAGGUGGGAGUCGUCGUACAUGGACGCGCGCGGCGAGGCGCACGCGCUCCGGGAGUGGGCGGUGACGAUGGAGGAGUACAUCGGCCUCGCCCAGGACCUGUUCCUCCUCCCGCAGGUGGUCGGCAACGUGGUGUGGCGGAUCAACUGCCGGCCGCUCAAGACCGGCUACUACGCCGGCUUGACGGCGGUGAGGCUGCUGCCGCACCUGUACGACUACAUCAGGGCGCCGGCGAUCAACCCCUACUUCGCGGAGGAGUACGAGUUCGUCAACACCAGCCUCGACUUCUACUCCAAGUUCGGCGACGUCGCCAUCCCGCUCGCCGCCGUCGCGCUCGCCGCCGCCGUCUACGUGCAGCAGCGCUGGAACUACAAGAUCAUCAGCAAGACCGUCAAGACGCAGCAGAAGAAGCUGCAGCACCUCGGCUCCCGGGUGUACGAGCGCCUGCCCUCCAUGUCGUCCGCCAACUUCGAGGCCGAGCUCGUCUCCGGCGUCAACGACGGCGUCGGCCUCCGCCGAGACGCCAGCCUCAGCUAGCCACCGAUCCUUUCGCUUUCUUAAUUAAUUAGGUUUUCAUGUUCUUGUCUGCUUUCUUCUUCUUCCUCUUCUUCUUAUUAGAUCUUUGAUAAAAUGUACUCUACUACAAAUCCAAUAAAGUUUUUUUUU